UCCACACAACAGUAAUGCCAGUGUGCUCUCGGUGACUCUACUCAUGGAUCUGCAUCUUUCCGCAGACUGUCAGUGGAUUGAAAUAUAUGACAGCUCGCCUACAGAACGUUUCUAUGUCGAAACGACAGGAGAGUAAAUUGGAAAUAAUCCUGCGGACCAGAUAUGCUACCAUGGGCAUUUUUUCUGAUGCACUUUGCAACUUUAUAGUUAUUUCAUAGAGAUACAACUGAUAAGGAUGACAAGUUAUUUGAUUAAUUUUAAUAGUUUGAAGAACAGAGAAACAAAACAUGGCAUUACAAACUUCGAAUGACACUUCCUUGUCAACAUUCCUGGACUGUCUGCCACGCCUGCAGAGCAAAUCAUCCAUGAACGCAUCUGGAAAUAUGAGCAAGGAAGUUACCAAUACCACCUGUACCAAUGCGUCUGUCAUCACAAAACCCCCAUCCGCACGACAAAAAGAGAUGGACUCGGUGCGCAUCCUGCUCUACUCUCUCAUCUUCCUGCUCAGCGUCUUUGGCAACCUUCUGAUCAUUGUGGUCCUGACGGUCAACAAGCGCAUGCGCACGGUCACUAACUCCUUCUUGCUGUCGCUGGCGGUCAGUGACCUGAUGUUGGCUGUCUUCUGCAUGCCCUUUACGCUCAUCCCAAACCUGCUGGAGGACUUCAUCUUCGGAGCCGCCAUGUGUAAAAUGGUCACCUACUUCAUGGCGCUCUCCGUCAGCAUCUCCACCUUCAGCCUGGUCGCCAUUGCGACCGAGAGGUACAGCGCCAUCUGCAACCCACUGAAGUCGCGGGCAUGGCAGACUCGUUCCCACGCCUACCGGGUCAUCGCUGCCAUCUGGGUGUUGUCGUUGGUCAUGAUGGUGCCCUACCCAGUGUUCAGCCACCUGAAGUCCUUCCCCAAACCCGACCGAACUACGGGCCACAUGUGCCGCCUGGAAUGGCCAAGCGGUGGGGUAGAACAGACGUGGUACAUGCUGUUGCUUUUAAUCUUGUUCUUCAUCCCUGGGGUGGUAAUGAUCGUUGCCUAUGGACUCAUCUCCAGAGAGCUGUGCCGGGGGAUGAAGUUUGAGCUGGACCAAAACAGAGAGAGCAGUGCACUGAAGAACGGAGUAAACACCACCGUGACCAACGACACGGACGAUGAUGGCUGCUACAUCCAGAUGCCGAAGAAGCCUUUGUCCAUGGAGCUGUCUACCCUCACCACCCCUACUCCGGCCCCUCCCAAACCCAGAGUGUCCACUGAGCACCCUCGAAGCAAUAGCUCGGAGGCUAAACUCUUGGCCAAGAAGCGCGUGAUCCGCAUGCUCAUCGUCACUGCCGUCCUCUUCUUCCUCUGCUGGAUGCCCCUGUACACGGCCAACACGUGGAAGGCUUUCCACAUCAGCUCAGCCCACCGGCUCCUCUCGGGGGCACCCAUCUCGUUCAUCCACCUGUUGAGCUACACAUCGGCGUGCGUUAACCCCGUUAUCUAUUGUUUUAUGAAUACACGCUUCCGCAAGGCGUUGAUCACCACCUUUGCCCACUGCCGUCCGCCCUGCUGUCGGCGCCGCCGGGGGAGGCGGGGCGGCAGGGAUGAUGAGAUGACAGUGACAGGGACUAUUGGUCCUUCGUCCAUGUCCAAGAUCAGCUAUACCACAGUGAGCACCGCGGGGACCUACUGAUUAUUUGUUAAGGGGAAUAGGGGUACAGUGUCCACAUUAGGACAGCCUCAGUCUCAGCAGGACUUCUUCCUAAUAUGGACCCUGUAUAGGGGGAACACAGGGGGCUGUAGCAUUGGGUACACAGGUAGUUGUGACCAACCGACAGAAUGCUUGGGCGUUUCUUUGCUUGUUUGCUCCUAUCUGAUUAGCUGCAGGUGUUUAUGCUCUUUGUGGAAUACUUUAUUGACUGUCAAGUGUCUGUGGUCUACACUGGGCAUCAUAAAUAUUCAACCCCUUUGGAUUUCUUCACAUUUUAUUGUGAUACAUACUGGGAUUAAAAUUGAUUUAAUUGACCUUUUUGCCAACGAUCUACACAAAACCCUCACAGAACAUUUUUUUUUAAAGAUUAAUGAAAAUAAAAAAAGUAUUCACCCCCCUGAGUCAACACGUUACAAACAUCUUUAGCAGCGAUUACAGUUAUGAGUAAUCUUGGGUAAGUCUCUAAGUGCUUUGUACAUCGGGAUUGUACAAUAUUUGCCUAUUAUUCUUUUCAGAAUUCUUCAAGCUCUGUCAAGAUUUUGGGGAUCAUGACUAGACAGCAAUUUAAAGUUUUGCCAUACAUUUUCAAGCAGAUUUAAGUCAAAACUGUAGCUUGGCCACUCAGGGAAAUUCACUGUCAUCAUGGCAAGCAACUCCAGUGUCGAUUGGGCCUUGUGUUGUAGGUUAUUGUCCCGCUGAAAGGUGAAUUCCUCUCCCAGUAUCUGGUUUAAAGCAGACUUAAGAAGGUUUUCCUCUUGGAUUCUGCCUGUGCUCAGCUCCGUCCCAUUUAUUUUCGUCUUUGCCAAUAUCAAGCGUGCGUAUAGGAUAAUGCAGCCGACACCAUCGUUGAAAAUAAGGCGUCAGUUCGUCAACGAUAAGUUGUGUUCGAUGUACCCCAAACAUAAGGCUUUGCAUUUAGGCCAAAAAGUGUAUUCCUUUGCCCUGUUUCUUUGCAGUAUUACUUUCGUGCCUUGUUGCAUACAUAUGCAUGUUUUAUUCUGUAUAUGUUGUACUCUUCUUUUCACGCUGUCAUUCAGGUCAUUAUUGUGGAGUCACUACAAUGUUGUUGUACCUUCCCCAGUUUUCGCCAUUUAACUCUGUAGCUGUUCUAAAAUCACUCAUGUCCCCAUGGUGACAUCCUUGAGCAGUUUUCUUCCUGUUAUGCAGCUCAGUUCAGAAGGACGACUGUACCUUUGAUAAUUUCUGCGUGGUUUAAUACAUCAUCAACAGCACAAUUAUUCACUUUUUUUGUUUUAUUUGAUUUAUUUAACCAGGCAAGUCAGUUAAGAACAAAUUCUUAUUUACAAUGACCGCCUACCAAAAGGCGAAAGGCUUCCUGUGGAGACAGGGAAUUAAAAUUUAAACAUUUUAAAAUAGGACAAAAUGCAUGUCACGACAAGCGAGACAACACAACACUAUAUACAGAGAGACCUAAGACGACAACAUAGUAUGGCAGCAACACAUGACAACACAGCAUGGUAGCAACACAACAUGGUAGCAACACAACAUGCAGCAGCACAACAUGGUAGCAGCACAAAACAUGAUACAAACAUUAUUGCGCACAGACAACAAAGGGCAAGAAGGUAGAGACAACAAAAAAUCACGCAAAGGAGCCACAACUCUCAGUAAGUGUCCAUGAAUGAGUCUUUGAAUGAAGAGAUUGAGAUAAAACUGUUUGUUGCAGCUCGUUCCAGUCGCAAGCUGCAGCAACCUGAAAAGACGAGUGAACCAGGGAUGUGUGUGCUUUGGGGACUUUAACAGAAUGUGACCGGCAGAAUGGGUGUUGUAUGUGGUGGAUGAGCUAUGAUAUGCGCUGAGAGAAGGACAAUGUACCGUCUAGCCGUACUCCCAAGUAUUUGUAUGAGGUGACUACCUCAAGCUCUAAACCCUCAGAGGUAGUAAUCAUACCUGUGGGGAGAGGGGCAUUCUUCUUACCAAACCACAUGACCUUUGUUUUAGUGGUGUUCAGAACAAGGUUAAGGGCAGAGAAAGGUUGCUGUACACUAAGAAAGCUUUGUUGUAGAGCGUUUAACACAAAAUCUGAGGAGGGGCCAGCUGAGACUAAGACUAUAUCAUCUGCAUAUAAAUGGAUGAGAGAGCUUCCUACUGCCUGAGCUAUGUUGUUGAUGUAAAUUGAGAAGAGCGUGGCGCCUAGGAUCGAGCCUUGGUGUACUCCCUUGGUGACAGGCAGUGGCAGAGACAACAGAUGUUCUGACUUUAUACACUACACUCUUUGAGAGAACUUGAUUAUAAGCUUAACGCUUAAAUGUCCGAUUUGUUUUUGUUACCCAUCUAUCAAUCACUGCCCUUCUUUAUGAUGCUUUCAAAAAGCUCCCUGGUCUUUGAAGUUGAAUCUGUGCUAAAUUCAGUACUUGACUGAGUGCCAUAUGUUGUAUGUAUGGGAGCCAGAGGAAUGGGUAGUCAUUAAAAAAUGUCAACCCCUAUUAUUUCAUACAGUUAGUCCAUAUAUUUUACUGCUGAACGUAUUUAGGCUUGCCUAAAGAAAGGGGGUGAAAAUGUAUGCAACAACAACUAUCUUAGUUAUUUCGUUGUAUUAAUUUGUACACAUCUGUAGAUGUAUCUUUUCACUUUGACGUUAUGGAGUAUUUUGUGUAGAUGAAAGACAAACAAAUUACAAUUAAUGCCACAAAAUGUGAAAAAAUCCCAGGGUGAAUACUUAUGAUACCCACUGUAUGUGUGGUUUAUUUAUAGGACUGAUUAUCUGAACCUAUAAGGUAUUUCAAAUACAAAAUGGAAUGUUGAUAUCAUAUAUAGUGCUGUAUAUGUCAUGUAAAUGUUUUUUGUGUUACUGUAUCACACAAUGAGGAAAAGAUAGCAUAAGGCCGCGUCCACUGAGUACACAAAACAUUGUGUAUGUGUGCCAUUCAGAAUGUGAAUGGGCGAGACAAAAGAUUUAAGUGCCUUUUAAUUGAGUGUGUCAAGAACUGCAACGCUGCUGGGUUUCUCACACUCAAUAGUUUCCCGUGUGCAUCAAGAAUGGUCCACCACUCAAAGGACAUCUAGGCAACUUGACACAACUGUGGGAAACAUUGGAGUCAACAUGGGCCAGCAUCCCUGUGGAAUGCUUUCAAUACUUUGUAGACUCGAGGGUGUUCUGAGGGCAAAAGGAGUUGCGACUCAAUAUUAGGAAGUUAUCCUCAAUAUUAUAUCGUUUGAGUGUUGAAGUUGCCUGAUGACUCAUCCUGAAUUUAAUUUAGCUGCUCGAUCGCUGAACCUACUACCCAUGAGGUUGUUUGUGCUGACGUGAAUAUAUGUGUAGACCCAAACCCAUCAGUUUUUGGGGGCCAACCAGAACGGAUUGAAUGUGUUCGCAUUCAAGAAGGCAAAAUCCAGACUCUUCGUUGAGAAGAAACUUUAGUGGGUGUGGCAUUUGGCCGGAGAUGUGGAUGGGUAGCCAAGCAAAGCCUACCGGAAUUGUACAGCCUACUGGAAAUGUACAGUACAUGUUAAAAACUAGUUGGAAAUACAAUAAUUACACAAUAGCACAUUUUAUUUCAACACAAAUUGAAUUGUAAAAAAAACGUUGUUUUGUUUUUUACCCCCUAUUUCUCCCAAUUACGAUCUUGUCCCAUCGCUGCAACUCCCCAACGGGCUCGGGAAAGGUGAAGGUCGAGUCAUACAUGCUCCAAACCAUGACCCGCCUAAGCACGCUGCUUAACACCCACCUGCUUAACCUGGAAGGUAGCUGCAUCAAUGUGUCGGAGGAAACACUGUUCAACUGACGACUGAAGUUGGCCUGCAGGCGCCCAGCCCACCACAAGGAUGAGCCAAGUAAAGGCCCCUUGGCCAAACCCUCCCCUAACCUGGACAACCCCGGUUGCGCAACUCGCGGGGGCCCCGAAUUGUAAAACGCUUGUUUGGAGUGCAGUUUUUUUCUCCCUAAAUAAUGUAUUGGAAAGAGGUUAUCAGGUCCUUUCAAAUACAUGGAACAUGUUACAAUUGCAAAACGUGUAAAUCUUGCGUAAAAUGUAAUGUAUGGCUGUUUCCCACAAGACAGUUAUUACCUCCUCUGAAAUGCUGUUGAAGAUUUUUAUUGAGGGAAGGUACCACAGCCAGAGUAUAUCUACCAUCCUCACGUUGAACAUAUGAAAAACCAUGUUGAACCUGCUGUAGCAAGUAUUUGCCUUGUUAUUUUUUUGGUCAGGAGGGAAACUACUGCUAAAAAUAUGUAGCAAUGCACCUGUUUGCGCAGUACAUUUCAGUACAUUUCAGUACAUUUCAGUACAUUUCAGUACAUUUCAGUACAUUUCAGUACAGUAUUUCAGAUCCAUCCAUGUAUUAUGUGAUUGGCCUGUAGCAAGUAGAAGGUGAACUUGCUCUUUGCUCAAUGGUGUUCUGGCUACAAAUGGUACUAUAAGGGCACAAGGCGAGACCCAGAUGCAGACACAGGAGGCAGAUGGUUAGAGUCCAAGAUGUUUCUUGUCAAUCCAAAAGGGGUUGGCAAGGAGAGAAUGGUCGUGGACAGGCAAAAGGUCAAAACCAGUUCAGAGUUCCAGAAGGUACAGAAUGGCAGGCAGGCUCAAGGUCAGGGCAGGCAGAAUGGUCAGGCAGGCGGGAAUGGAGUCCAGAAAAAAAGGCAAAGGUCAAAACCCGGGAGGACUAGAAAAAAAGAAUCGAAAAGCAGGAGCGUGGGAAAAACACGCUGGUUGACUUGAACAACACAGGGAUAAAUACACCAGGGAAAAUAAGCGACACCUGGAGGGGGUGGAGACAAUCACAAGGACAGGUGAGACAGAUCAGGGCGUGACAGGUACAGAAUAGUUGUUUUAGUCCAAGUCACCCUUCAUGCUUGAGUUUCUCUGCCGUGUACUCGGCGUGCCUUUUGCGGGAUGUCCGGACUCACCAGCCGUAGCAGAGCCAAAUUGAUCACUAUAGAUGAACGGCUGUAUUUUGGAGAGCGUAGCAAUGCGUAUCUCAUUGCUUCCUCAUCUUAAAAUGGUUUACAAAUAGCUGUGUACUGAUCUCUCGCUGUAUUAUUGACUGUGCCGUGGUAAAGACUAAAUCCUCCUCUUAAUGUGUGGUAAUACACUGUGCAAUCCAACAAUCCACAAUGUGGCAAAGAACUGACACCGUUUGAAUUAUGCUGUUUUAUGGUGUCCAACCCCAUGAAAUCAGAAAUGCACAGAAACUGUCUACAGAAGGCCACACACAAAGGCAUGCUUAUUUAUUUCCACACACACACACACACACACACACACACACACACACACACACACACACACACACACACACACACACACACACACACACACACACACACACACACACACACACACACACACACACACACA